AUGGAAACAACCAUCAACAUCUUUAUUUGCUUAGCCAUAUUUUUAUAUAGCACUUCCUACUCUAUAGCUACAAAUAAUACUUCUUUACCGAAGUUUCCAGCAGUUUUCUUCUUUGGUGAUUCUAUAUUCGAUACCGGUAAUAAUAACUAUAUCAAGACAAUAUUUAGGGCUAAUUAUCGCCCUUAUGGUCAAGAUAUUAAUGGUGGGGUUCCUACGGGUAGAUUUUCUAAUGGAAAACUUAUUCCUGACAUGUUGGCUUCUGUUCUUGGAAUUAAGGACAGCGUCCCUCCAUACUUGGAUCCUAAUCUUACUGAUGAUGACCUUAUUACUGGUGUUAAUUUUGCAUCAUCUAGUGGCGGAUUUGAUGAAAGAACGUCUCUCUUAACAAACGUUAUUCCUGUUUCGACGCAAGUAAAUUAUUUCAAUGACUACAUAACAAGACUUAAAGGAAUUGUUGGAGAGAAAAAAGCUAUGGAAAUAAUCAAUUCUUCUUUGGUGGUAUUAGAUGGUGGAACCAAUGAUUUUAACUUCAAUAUAUUUGACAUUCCUGCAAGAAGAUUCCAAAUGACGGCAACCCAAUACAUAGAUUUUCUAUUAAAUAAGGAGGAAGAUGCUAUUAGGAAAUUGUACGAUCUUGGAGUGCGAUCUUUUAUAGUAGCUGGAAUUCUUCCUAUUGGCUCUUUACCCCUUCAAACAAGUUCAAGAUAUAUUGAUCCAUUUCAGCUAAAAUAUAGUUUGGAUGAACAAAAUAAAAUAUCUCUGGAUUAUAAUAAGAAGCUCAUCAGCCUAUUAAUUAAAUUACAGCAAAGUCUUCCGACAUCGAAACUUGUUUAUACUGACUUAUAUUUCACAAUAUUAGGCAUGAUCACCCAUCCCGCCAAAUAUGGUUUUGAGGAAACAAAGAAUGGGUGUUGCGGAAGCCUUAUUCUAAAACAAGGUAUCUUAUGUGAUCCGAUAACUCCACCAUGUAAAGAUCCUUCAAAGUAUUUAUUUUGGGAUAGAAUUCAUCCCACUUCAACAGCUUACGGAUACAUUAUUAAUUUUAUGGUGCGAAACGUGCUUCCUAAAUUUCUCUCCUAGUUAAGGAAUGAUAUGGAAAAAGUAUCCAACAAGCAAUGACCAUAAUAUAUCAAGACUCUAUUUCAGUUAGAACAAUAUAAACUAUUGUUACUCGGGAAGUCAUAAGUUGUUUGAAACGUACCUCAAA